UAUCAACCUAGAACAAUAACAACAUCAGCUGCUUGCGGUUGUGUGAGCCUAGCAUAAUAUGUUUUUUUCAAGGAAUUUAUCAAAUUGUUUUAAAUUUAAAAGAAAAUGUUUUUACGCACAGCCAUAUUCAACGGAAACCAAAAGUAAUGGUCUCAAAGUAUUGUUCUUUGGUACCGAUACAUUUUCCCUGCCCAGUUUAAAAGUGUUACACAAGCAUAAUGGGAGCAAUGAAAGUUUGGGGGUGGUUACAUCUUUCAAAAGCCCGGCAAACUGUGUCCGAGUCUAUGCGGAGCAACAAAAACUAGCGCUACACAAAUGGCCCAUAACAACGGAACAUUGUAGGCCAUUUGACUUGGGUGUUGUGGUGUCAUUUGGUCAUUUGAUACCAACACACAUUAUUAACGCAUUUCCUUUAGGUAUGAUUAAUGUGCAUGCCAGCUUAUUGCCGCGUUGGCGUGGUGCUGCUCCCAUAAUUUAUUCCAUUAUGAAUGGCGACCAGGAGACGGGAGUUAGUAUAAUGCGUAUUGAACCCAAACGUUUCGAUGUUGGUGAUAUAUUUGCCCAAAAAAAGGUUAAAAUAGAGCCCGGCAUUUUCAUGCCCGAUUUGCAUAAGGAGUUGUCGGAAAAAGGUGCAGAUCUGCUGUGGCAAGUGGUGUCAGGUUACCCAAAAACAUUUGAAAAUCCCAUGAGACAAAAUGAUAAAGAUGCCACGUAUGCUCCCAAAAUAACACCCGAUAUCUAUGAAAUCAAUUGGAACAAUCUAACAUCCCUGGAAGUCUAUAAUCGUUAUCGUGCUUUGUACGGAUUCAAGGCAUUGACAUCGAAGUUUCAACAGAAGUCGAUUGAGUUAUUAGAUAUCAGUUUACCUCAAGAAAUAUCUUCUGGAGAUAAUUUCAAAUCUGACUCUUCACCGGGUUCAUUAGUCUAUCAUUAUAAGCGAAAAUGUCUAAGGGUACAAUGUGCCAAUUAUACAUUCAUAGAAGUCCACCGAUUGCGUGUUGAGGGUAAGAAAGCCAUGAGUGCCAUGGAUUUUAAUAAUGGCUUCCUCAAGAAAUUGCAAACAAGUAAAAUGGAAUUUCAUUAUAAUAAAGUUGUUUGUUGCUAGAAAAAUGGAAAA